CCAUUCGUUCAUCUCGUUCCAUCAACCCCUUCAUUUAGAGAUGCCUCAUCGUCCUACUUAGCCUACUGUGGACCGUAAUGAGGUCCACUUGACUCAUGCUUCCUCUAGGAUGAGGUUCGAUGAGUGGGGACACUCACGGGUGUUACAUGAGUCGGUGUGUCUGGCUCAGGACACACUGACGAACUAUGGCUAUGCAGAGGAGAUGGAGGAGCUGCUUGAGGGGACCAGAUGGCAGCGCCUGCUUCAGAUGAGAUGACUCAUACCCUGAUCACUGCAGACACUACAUUUGCCUACACUCUUGCGGGCCAGUCAUUUCAGUUGACGGUGAGAGAGAUGGCUGUUCGUCUCGGGCUCUACACCCAGGAGGAGACCGAGCAGCUCGAGUUCUAUGACGCACCCUUCCGUGUUCCCACAGACUUUGACCAUAAGGCUUUCUGGAGGGAGCAUUCAUUUGACGAGCAGGAGUUCGUGAACAAGAAGAGCAAGGCUUGAUUCAGGAUUCGGCCCAGCUGGAGGAUCCUAUCUUUUGUUCUUUCGACAUCCUUCUUUGGGAGGCCGUCGAACACAGAUAGGGU